CCAGAAACGAAGCCAAUCUCCCAAGAUCAGCUCGUUGCCGAGGUCAAGGGCAUCUAUGCCGGUCUAGUCAUGGUCGAGACCAAGUGUAUAGAAGUCGACAAUGCCCAGUCAUCCAAUUCUGAAGCGAAUAAGCUCAACGACGAACAAUGGCAGGCUUUGAUCGCUCUCCAUCGCACGCUACUACAUAAGCACCACGAUUUCUUCCUUGCCAGUCAGCACCCAUCGGCUAGCAUGCCACUACUCUAUGAGACUGUACCGGCUUUUGAGGAUACAUGGAUUUACUGCCUAGGCGAUCUUGGCCGUUAUCGUAUGGCGAUCGAAGAUCAUGAC